CACACCUCUUUCACUCUUUUUCUUCUAAACUCAAAACAAGUUCUCUCUCUCUCUCACACACACACACUCAAAAUGAAGGAUUUGAAUUUGGGAAUUUGAGAUAUAUAUUAAAGCUUAAGAGAUUUAUCUUUUAUGGAGAAGAAGGAGAAUAUGGGGGUGAGUGUGAAGGGUGAGGAUGUUGUUGAUUCUUCGUCAUAUUUGGUAAACAGUUAUAAUCAAUUUUCAAGCGUGUUUGAUUUCUGUGAGGUGGAAAAAAGCUCUUUAGGGUUUAUGGAGUUACUGGGUGUUCAAAACUAUAGUCCUCUGCUUGAUUUACCGCAACUUUCAACCAUGUCUGUGAUGACUCAUGAUACACUUAAAGCUCCAUCUGCAGAUACUGGAAAAGAGUAUUCUGAGGUUUUGAAUCAACAACCUGCAACUCCUAACUCUUGUUCGAUUUCAUCCGCAUCUAGUGAAGCACUCAAUGAUGAACACAACAAGACUCUUCUUGACCAACAUGAAGAUGAAGAGGAUGAAAAGCAAAAGAUAAAUAAACAGUUGAAGACAAAGAAGACAAAUCAGAAGAGACAGAGAGAACCAAGAUUCGCGUUCAUGACGAAAAGCGAGGUGGAUCAUUUGGAAGAUGGGUACAGAUGGAGAAAGUACGGUCAAAAAGCUGUGAAAAAUAGCCCCUUUCCAAGGAGUUACUAUCGUUGCACCACUGUUUCAUGUAAUGUGAAGAAACGUGUGGAACGUUCUUUUACUGAUCCAACCAUUGUAGUCACAACUUAUGAAGGACAACACACGCAUCAAAGUCCAGCUAUGUGCCGCUCCGGCUUCGCCGGAGCUCAAAUACCACCGCCUGCUGGUGGUCGAUUUUCUACUAACUUUGGUUCAGUUUUGCAAGGAAACUUCUUAUCAUCAUCACAGUUUCAGCAGCAACAUUAUCAACAUCAACAACUACUUGUUAAUACAUUGUCUUCUUUGGCUCUACCUUAUAACAAUUCUUCUUCGUCAUCAAAGAAUUCAACUUUUACUCAAGAGAGUUCAUUUCUUAGGGACCAUGGACUUCUUCAAGAUGUUGUUCCUUCACAUAUGUUGAAAGAAGAGUAGAUAUAUGGAUAUAUAAUAACUUCAUUAUUAAUUGCUUCUAUGUCAAUUUUUUUCUUUUUUAGUAUUUUAAUUUCUUGUGCUGACUUUUUCUAAGGGACUUAGGUGAGAACUAUAUAUGUAAUUUUUCUUCCUGAUGACUGAUUGGUGGUGGUGAUUUUAGUGAUGGAAUGAUAAUGAUCUUACUUGUAAAGUCCACUUUAUCUUUAGAUUUGGUUUUUGUGCUA